CUGGUUCGCUUCAUGUUCAGACAAACCUUUGAGGUGCUGAAGAGGAAAAACUGGCAGAGCAGUGCGGUCGGCAGGUUUCUAGAGUUGCUGACAGCACAGCUCCUGCAGAGCAGCAGCGGGGCCCCCAGUGGACUGCAGUUCCACAUCCUGGACCUGUAUCUGAGCGAGCUGGCAGCAGUGGGCGCAGCAGAGCUCACUGCAGACCAGAACUUGAUUUUCAUUGAGCCAUUCUGCAAAACAUCGGCCAAAACCAAAGAGUGA